AUGAGCGUCUCAGGCUCUGCACAUCGUCCCUCCGACCCGGGGAGCGUCUCUCUUCCUGCCCAGAAGGACCGCCUUGGCCUCCCUUUAUCCGAACGGAGAAUCCCCUCCUGGCCUCCUUCCCCGGACGAGGAUCCCAGUUUGCCCCCUUUUCCUCUGGAAGAGCCUGUCCCCAGGCCUAUGGCCCCAGGGAACCUUCCGUCACCAGCCUUGUCCCUAGAGGAGGAAGAGAAUGAAGACGAAGAAGACGUGGCAGAGCCGGAGGGACUGCGCAGCGAGGAACAUCCGAGCCAGUUUUUCGCUGAAGCACAGAGGCUUCGGGAGCAGAGGUUGUUGCUGGACGAAGAGGUGUCAGUUGGGGGACGAGUAUACGGGGUGCAUCGGGUAAUCUUGGCUGCAAUUAGCAGCCUUUUCCGAGACAGGCUGCUGGGCGGCAGAAGUCCACGACAGCCCCUGAGUCUCGAUGUGGCCGCCGGGGCCUGGGAGGCCGUGCUGACCUUUGCGUAUGAGGGGUUGCUGGGCCCUGCCCCGUGGGGAGAUGUGCUGGUCGUGGCCGAGGCUCUGGGAGCACCCCGGGUGAAGGCCGCGGCCCAGGGGAGACGCAAGGGGGCUGGAAGCGCCAGGGAAGAUGAAAAGCAGCCCAGCCAGGCAGAGGAGCUGAGGGAGAACCUGCGUAGCAUCGAGCUCCUAUACAAAGAAGGCAUCGGGUGCGACCUGGAGCUGGAGGCAGGCGGCUGCCGGCUGCGGGUGCACCGAGCAGCCCUGGCCUGUGGCAGCGAGUUCUUUGGCGCCAUGCUCCUGAGUGGGAUGAGGGAAUCCCAGGGCACAGAGGUGUCUCUGCACACCAUCUCUGCCCAGGACCUGAGACUCCUCGUCUCUUUUGCCUACGCGGGUGCUGUGCGGGCAGGGUGGCCAGGACUACUGAGAGCUGCCCAGGCUGCGGUGCAGUACCAGAGCUCUUCUUGCCUUGCUCUGUGCCAGAGAGCCUUGGCACGGGGCCUCAGCCCCGCACGUUGCCUGGCCCUGUUCCCCAUAGCUGAAGCCCCUGGGUUAGAGAGGCUCUGGAGCAAAGCCCGUCACUACCUUCUCACCCACCUGCCUGCUGUGGCUUUGUGCCCCACUUUCCCUUCUUUACCGUCUGCCUGCCUGGCUGAGCUCCUGGAGAGCGAUGAACUACACGUACAAGAGGAGUUCGAGGCCUUCAUGGCUGCGUGGCGUUGGUUAGCCGCCAACCCCGAGACCCAGGAGUCAGAGGCCAAGGCCCUACUUCGAUGUGUUCGCUUUGGCCGCAUGUCCACCAGGGAGCUGCGGAGGGUACGGGCCGCUGGGCUGCCUCCACCCCUGCCCCCAGACUUGCUGCAUCAGCUCCUGGUAGAAGCUGCUGUUCCGGGUCAAGAGAGGCGGAGGGAGCCUGACCAGGCACUGGUAGUGAUUGGUGGGGAUGGGCUCCGAUCAGACAUGGCCAGAAGACAGCCCUCCCGAGGAGUGUGGUGGGCCCGGGCCUUCUGCUGCGGCACGGGACUCGUUCGAACCGUGGAGUGGGGACGGCUCCCUGCCCUGCCUGCCCCAGGGCGCUUCCGGCAUGGGGCUGCGAGCCCGGCGGGAGGCCAACUCUACGUGUGUGGGGGACAGGAUUUCUACGGCCGCUCCAACACCCUGGCUUCGACUCUCAGGUGGGACCCCAGUCAAGAGGACUGGGAGGAGAUGGCGCCUUUGUGCCAGGCUCGGAGCUUUUUUCCUCUGGUGGCCCUGGAUGGACUACUUUAUGCCCUGGGUGGCCGAAAUGGUGAUGUUGCUCUCAACUCUGUGGAGGCCUAUAACCCCGAGCUCAACGUCUGGAGGCCCGCACCUGCCCUUCCGGCACCACGCUUUGCCCACGCAGCUGCUGUUUUGGAGGGCCGAUUGUACGUGAGCGGAGGCUGCAGUGGCACUGGCCAAUACCUGGCCUCACUGCUGCACUAUGACCCCAAGCUUGAGAAGCCAGGGACACUUCUGAGCCCUAUGGGGGUACCUCGGGCUGGCCACGUCAUGGCUGCUCUGGGUGGCCGGUUGUAUGUAGCAGGUGGGCUAGGCGAGACGGGGGACCUACUGAGCUUUGAGGCCUAUGAACCGAGGACUGAUAGCUGGACUCAUCUGGCACCUUUGCCCUCCCCCCAUGUGGGGGCUGCAGGUGCUGCGCUGCAGGGGGAGCUACUGGUGCUGGGGGGCUACAGCCACCGUACUUAUGCCCUCUCCCACCUCAUCCAUGCUUACUGUCCUGGCCUGGGCCGAUGGCUCUGCCUGGGAACUCUGCCCAGGCCUCGGGCUGAGAUGCCUGCCUGCAUCCUGACGCUGCCCACAGUGCAGCACAUAGCUUUGGUUCCCACACGGCACCAAACCAAACCUGCUGGGUGAGUGGGGAGCAGCAGUGGAUGGGG